AUGGCCAGGUGGCCGGGACCUCGACUCUUGCUGUUGUGGGCGCUAUUAAGCGCUGGUGCGCAUGGUCAGGUGGAGGUGACGAGUGAUUAUGCGAGCAACCUUCACAUUCGGAGCACUGUUUCGGAACGGUCCACGGGCUUGGUAGUGCAAGGAGUGGACGUUGCCGGGGCAGGGCUGGCUGCCGCUCAACGUCGAGUUGCGGCGUUGCGCUCGGAGAGCGAGGCGUUGAUGGCAAACCUGACGCAUCUCAAUCAACAGCUUGCCGCAUUGACUGGCUAUCAGGCUGAUCUGCACACCCGCCUCGCACGCAUGCGCCUUUGCAGCCCCAACACGCUUCGCGAUUUGGGUGAGGUGGAACUCCCUUCUGUCCCACAGUCCCAGCAGAGCAGACUCGGUCGCAGCCUGGCCAUAUCUGGAGACCGGCUCGUGGUCGGAGCCCCGGGUCAGGAGCGCAUUUAUCUCUUUGGGCGUUUGGCAGAUUCCCCGGAAGGGACUUCCAACUGGACGGCCCUGCCACGCUACGCUGCGUUGAACGCCGUUUCAGACCCAGGCACCUCAGCACUCUCGGGACGCUUUGGCCAAGCCCUGGCGCUGAAUGAUCUAUACUUGGUCGUCGGGGCACCGGGCCCGGUCGAGCCCACCGCAGCUAGUGGGUUUGUUUUCAUCUACAUCACUUCAUCUUGGCCCACGCUCCGAGCACCCCAAUUCCUGAUGGGCUCUGAAAUUCUGAGUACAACUGGCAAUUUCGGCACUGCCGUGGCCGUGGAUGGUGACCUGGUUGCCGUAGGUGGGGUUUUGGACGAGGGCCCGGGCUGCGUCUACUUGUUUCGCCCUGGCCCCAACGGCAUAUUUGGGCUCCAAGCGCGCGUCUUUUCACCGGAGCCAGGCACGACGGCCAACUAUUUUGGCUUUAGUGUGGCCCUACACGCUGGAUUGUUGGCGGUGGGCGCGCCGUUUUACUCCGACUCCAUUUUUCGUCGCGGCGCCGUCGAUGUCUUCCGCAUCACAGCCAACCUCACGCAUCCAUCAGCACGGUCAGUGUGGCAACAUCGUGUUCUGGCGCCCGAUGCCUCCACAGAAACGCAAUUUGGCCUGGGCUUGGCGCUAGCGGAUGGUCAUCUCCUCGUGGGGGCACACAAGAUGGCGACGGGUCCCAGCAAUAGCGGGGGCAUUUAUGUCUUUGCCCAACACGCCGUGGAUACCUAUGUCUUGCAAAGGCGCCUCCAGGCCAGCAACGCAGCCACGUCGGAUGCUCUCGGUGCGGCUUUGGCCCACUCCCCGCUCGACGGUCUCAUCUACGCCGGCAGCCCCUCGGCCGAUCGCCCCACCAGCAACGAGGGCACCAUUUACGUUUUCGGCUGA